AUUGUCUCACCAAUUAUGAAGUUAUGCUCCGACUGGUGGAUUAUGCUGUGGUUGUUGGAUACGAUUUCGAAAAGUCAGGUAUGUUUCCAACCGAGGUAUCCCAUUUAAAAAAGGAUGUAGAACUCGACAACUUCUUCGGGUUUAAACUGUGGACACUUUUCUACGUAUUUUAUGAAACAUUAGUGAGUAGUUAUUUCUGUAUGAUGCUGACGUACUUCAAUUCCACCCACUUGUUGUAUGAUGAUGGGUUCCUUGAGGCACAAUAUCUCAUUUAGUAUAUAGAGUUUCCAUGAAUUACUUGCUGUAAUGAUGCACUACACAGUAAAAGUAUUAUCACCUAUAUUUAUUCGACGUGUCUCAAACCGCUUACCAAUAUUGAUUUCAUUAGUACAUUCGUAGCUCGCAAGUAUCAGCUAUAGGGCACUAUGUCGGUUAAAUGCAUUAAUAUUGGUCAUUACGAUUAGCCAAAACCAAAUUAUUAUGUAGUGGGUCUAACUAUCAUGACUCACGACCCUAGCUCUAGUUAAAUUUGUAGUAUUCGUUUCCCCACGUCACUUGCAUAAACUGGACAUAUGAGGUAAUCGCGAAAUUUUUUAGAGGCUUUCCAGUAGGACACUCACAGGUGAGCUGUAAUGGACAUCUCACUCAUUCUGUAUCUUACUCCAUUAUUCUACCAUGGGUUCAUAUUUUUACUUCAGGGUAUGUAGAUCCCCUUAUUAACUAAAAACUAAGAAAGGAUGUUCUUCUGUUAAGUGCAUUAAAAAACAGCCAACACGUCGCACACAUCCAUCUUCAGAUUCAGAAGUGUAAGUUGUAUUUUAAGUGCCGCACUGACUCCCACCGCAAGUAAUCAAAAAAGCAAAAGUAUGGAGUAGAUUACGAUGCAGGUCGUCCGACUGUAAAUUAAGGGUUUGGAGUUAGUGCAGUCUUCUUGGCUGAGGAUGGUACAAUACCUGUGACCGAUGGUUGAUGACGGUCAUCAGCACGAGAUCGGUUUAAGUGACAUCGUCUCAUUCAUUCUGUAUCUUUGAAUUUAUGUGUUAAGUGUUAUAUCUAAGUUUCCAUUCUCCGAUCGUGUUCGGUUCUUUAGAACUGCAUUUUCCACGACUAGGUUUUUAUGCUGAGUAGCAGAAAAUCUAAGUCCAGGGCUUCCUGUUGACUACCUCCAAUCGCCGACUUAGGGGGAAUCAUCUUGAUCUAAUUGGUUCAAAUGGCAUUUCAUUAUAAACUCCACAUUGCUUCAUUUGAAUGGCGAUGUCCGAGUGAAAGGCUUUCAAUAGGUUAAAGUAAUUUAUCAAUGCAUUCUUAACGCCUGAUACUGCCAUGAAGUUUGUCGACUAACAUCCAAGUUCAGCCGUCAGGUCAAUAAAUACAACUUUAAUCGGACAUCGGUAUGCAUGCUCCAAGACCUGACGGCUGGUAAAUACUUGAUCUGUACACCCACGUCCAUGCCUAAAACCAGACCCCCACUUUUCUUGGUUUCCGAUAAAGCGUUAGAUGGUCACCGAAGCUAAUAUUUCAGAUACAUCAUUGGUCGAACUAAUUCCUCUAUGGUAAUCACUAUAGAAUUCCUCUCCCCCUCUAAUUCUCAAGUAUCAGUCUGACGGGAUCACAUCUGAUUUCUGGAUAAUCUGCUAUCUCAACCAAUCUAACUUAAAGCUAGGUUAUUGUCUUUAGAAACACUCAUAGAUAGCUCAUCCGAACCAACUGAUUUCCCUGAUUUAAUUAGUUAUGCUCUUUUCAACUUUUAUGAAAAAUUAAAGGCCUUAUGUUGAUCUCUUUUUCACACUAUGAAAUGUGGCUGACAACUAAAUAGUAACUUAAUGGCAGUCAAUAUGUCCUUCAACAUCUUGCGCCCAUCGUUACAUUUGAAAGUAGUUCCAUCGGUUCCAUCGUUAUCAGAGUUCCUGGAAGAGCUAAAAUAUUAACUAUGACUCCUUUGGUCAGUUUAAACCAGUUGCUUAUCUUUCCAAUUCCCUUUCUGUCGUUCGUGAUGAGUUUUAGUCGAUGCUUCUCAUACUGAUUAGGUUUUCUUAAUCUUUUGGUUCAGGUUGCUGACAAACUUCAUUGUUAUUUUCAUAACCGAUUACGAGCCAUAUUAGGCUACCUCAGUAUGAACAUCCUCUUCUUGGUCGGUCAAGUUCUUAGUUGGUUUUAUGCUAGACAUGCACUUGAUAUUCUUUCUUUUAAUUAAAAUUGAAGAGGUCUUGUUCCUGUUUAUCAAUCGACAGACAAACGCAUAUUGUCAUCUGGACGUGGUCUAUCGCCUGAGAUGUGUUCCGAUGGCAACAACAAUCUCUUACUGAUCCUUUCUAGAAGUGUAAGAUAACGAUGUGACUGAAUUCCAUAGACGUCAGUUCCCCCAAGAUUACAUAUACACCUUGCUGAUGAGUGUCGGGUAACACAAAAUCUAGGCCCAGUACUUCCUACCAAUUAAUUCCAUUCACCUAACAAAAAGUUCGGAAACCGAAGGAGCUGUUCAAGAGUCCUUCAUACUGGCUUAAUCUAUCUGCUUAAGUGUUGAAACUACCCAUCACAAUUAGAUUUAAGCGUUUAGAGUUCUGUAGGCCAGAAAGUUCCUGACAAAACUAAUAUCUGGUUUAGUCAAUAUGUCGAAGCGUAGGCGUUGAGAAAAAGCAACGAAGUAUAAUCUGAUUUUUUCGAGUUCUUACUGUCCAGUUUAAAAGGAAAACUCAGAAGUGAGUACCUACUGUAGUCUCAUCUGACAGUGCCGGUUUGCACUAGUUCUCCUUAUUGACUAGGUGAUAUCAAGUGGAUAAUCAUUCUAGACUCUAGUAUGUAGAUCUUGUAGACAAAAUACGUCAAUGAUAAGAGAUUCUAAGGCCUUGAAUAGCUAAGCAUAUCAUUCGAUCUGAUACUGAAUUUUAAGGUGGAUUUUUCUAAAUCCUUUUGUUUGUGGGAGGUAACAUCUCUAAAUAUAUUGGUUAUUCAUGUGAGAACUUACUAUUAUAUAGCUGAGUACAGUCGGUUUUGGAGCUUACGUUUUCUGCUUUUGAUAGUCCCUAUUCGAUCAAGCUGCUUGUUAUAAUGGAUCCCAACGAACAAGUGUUCCAGCUUUGACUGUAGUUUUUAUUCUCACGCAUUUUCCAUCCUCUUUUUUCACAACAUGGUUUCUUGUUAUGUGCAUGUUUUGGUGUUGCAUUGUACCGCCCAUCUUUAGGUUUACUUUUCUAAUACACAGUUAUAUACUUUUUAUCGAGUUACAUCUACCUUAGCAUUUUUUCUUGACUAUAAACUCUUUAUUUUCAAUAAUUAUUCCCCUAGUUGGCGGUGAAAGUGAAGGGCAGGUCCUACAGAGAUUUCCUACAAAUUGUUGGGAUGAUUACCCUUACAAUUUCAAAAUUGAAACAUUUUGUCAGCCAUGUGGUUGGUAUCUCAGCCGAAGUAAACCACCACCAACAUUCUUUGUCGCUUAUUUGACAGAUGUUGAUGGAAAUCCUUAUUUUGCCGCAUGUCUAACUUUUCAUGAAACUGUGUCUCCUAGUCAAUUGAUAAAUUUGAAAAUCCCUCAUCACACUCCUCACAGUAGAGUUAGACCUACAGGAAAUGCAUUCAGUAGUUAUCCUCAAAAUGGACCUAUUAAUAAUGGUUCAUUGGUUGUAAAUAAAAAUAAAACUUUCUUGCCUACUACAAAUUCUGUUUCUAAUAAUGAAAAGUAUCAAAUUGAUUCUUUAGUUCAUGUAACGAACAUGAAUAGCAAUGCUAGUUCACCUGCAAACUCACCAACCGGAUUCCAAGAUCAAGUUUUGAAUUACUCUGGUCUCAAGUCAAUUUAUAAUGAUACUGAUGAUCCAAAUUUAGUACGUCCACCGGAAUUUUAUGCACCAAAAUGUUUGGUGUUCCUAGCUCGUCAUCAACAUUUUGAUGUAUUGAAAAACAAUCUCAGCUUAUUGUAUACAGUGUUUGCUGAUUCACUACAUCAGUAUUCAAUAGAACAAAUGAUCGCGACUUUAUUGGGUGGCAUAGAAGUUCCACCAACUGGUGGUCCACGAAUUACAUUCAGUUUAGGGGUUGGUGAUCGACAGACAAUUCAACCUGCUCAUUGUAGUACUAUACCUGUGACACGGAAUUGUGUAGCUUUACUAUUUAAACACUUAGGCAUACAUAAUGUGAUUUUAUUAUUCACUGCAAUUUUAAGUGAUCAAAAAGUACUGGUUUGUUCACGUAGUGUAAAUCGGUUAACGGAAGCAUGUCAUGCAUUAACUUCUAUACUAUAUCCUUUAAAAUAUAGUCAUACAUACGUUCCUAUACUUCCUAAAUCAUUGAUUGAAUUUGUCAAUGCUCCAACUCCAUUUCUUUAUGGUAUUCAUUCAGGAUAUCAGCAUUUACUAUCUGAUAUGGUUGAUGUUUUUGUUGCGGAUCUUGAUGGAGGAAGUGUUGUGUGCCCGGAAAAUAUUCCUAUCCCUCAACUGCCUGAUCCAUAUUUCACUGAAGUUGUGGAGAAUUUAUUCCAGAUUUUAAGUCCUGAAUUAAUGACAGCUGAUUAUAUCUAUCCACUUGUUACAUCUAAUCAAUCAGGUGAUUUAAUUUCAUUGGAUAAACGAUUACGAGCUGUAUUCCUUCGUUUAUUUACAUCUUUAUUUGCUGGUUAUCGGUCGUGUUUAACAAUUACACGUAUUCAUCCUAAACCAGUGAUACAUUUCAAUCGAACAUUAUAUUUACUUCUACGUGGAAAUAGUGCACAUAAUGAAUUCUACGAUCGUUUAUUAUCUAGUAUGCGUUUUCAUCAAUUCAUAUUAGAACGUGGUCCACCAUUUCGUGUAUGUGAUAUAUUUGAUGAAGUAUAUGAAUCGAAUGUCGAUGAUCAUUCACUGUGUGAUAGUAAUAAUAACUGGACACUGAAUAGUAGAGAUUAUGAAUAUGAUAUGUUCAGUAAUCAUAAUCCAUCACAAAUGAUCACUGGAAAUACAGCCAAUUUCAGUUUAAUAGAACGACUAAGCACAAAACUGUUGGAUAAUGAAUGCGGUGAUCAACCAGCUACACAGAUUCUUCCAAAUGAAGCUAUUGAAGCUCACAAACGCAUACAUCAGACACCGUUCCCUGUUUUAGACGCUAAAUUAAUCGAUGAACUAACUGUUCAGUAUUCUCAAAAGAAAACUAAGAAUGUUGUUUAUCAUAAACCGGAACCACGUUUUGUACCACAAGGAUUACAAUUGGAUCGACAAAUAUUCAAAGCAGAAAUGUUUCCUGAUAAAUAUCGUGUAAUUCAUGAAUUUGUUGAUGAUAUUUUUAAUCAACAUAUUACAGAAGCUUUAAAAAGACGAAAUACAAUUCGUCAAGAUUUAAAGUCUAGACCAAUGAGACGCUUAUUCGUUGAUGAAUUACGUUCAUAUAUAAUCCCGGAAGCACCAGUAUCACCAACUGUAGCUAUCAAUAACUUCCUUGGUAAUAUGACAAUCAAUAGAAGUACAUAUGAGAGACGGGCUGUCUUAACAUGGGAACAAUUUGAAUUGAUUGUUGACCUAUUAGAUGAAGCAUUAAGACAAGAGACACAAUCAAAAGACAGUGGAAUUACACCAAUUAUUAUGGAUAUUAGUACUAGACUUUGUACAGAAUUAGGCGAUGUUCGUUAUUAUGCUAAUAUGAGUCAUCAAAUUCAACGUCAUGAAAUCUGGCGUAAUAUGCCAUUUUGGGAGAGUCUUUUUAAUGAACAAGUUAACAAUCAAAUUCGUUUGUUAUAUAUUGAUUUUUGUGAAGAAGAACGAAAAUCUCAUAAAUACCAACAAGGUAAUCAAUAUCAACAUUCAAACACAAUGAAUAUAUCCAAUGGACAUUCAUGGUCAUCAUCGUCGUCGUCACCAUCUGACAGUAGGACAAAACAAUCUAUUAAUUCGCCUGAGAAAAAUGAUAAAUCAUCUGUGAUAAUUGUUGGACGAAAGAAUAGUAAUAAUAAUAAUAACAAUCAGAAAUCGAAUAUUACAAUUCAACAACAAAGUUACACAUCAAAUAUGUCAGCAUUAGAAAUCGCUGCAGAAGAAAUGCGAAUUGGUCAUAUGCGUCCAAAAGAAGUACAACAAAUAUUGGAAACACGUGAAGAAAGUACUGUCUAUUCUCAAAUUAUACACUUUGUUAAUUUAAUCAUUAAUUUUCGUAUACCAGUUCAUAUUGGUGCAGCGGUGGCUGAUAUAUACGGUGAAGAUACUCAAAAUAAUGAUGAAUUAAAAGAUGAUAUUACUGGUAUAAAUGGUAUGGUAUCAAAAAUACCUGACAGAAUAAUCUCCGAUAAUGAUAAUUAUAACAAUAAUAAAAAUAAUAAUAAUAAUACUAAUGAUCAUAAUUAUCGAAAACAAUAUACUGGCAGUACUAAUUCAUUAAAUAAUAUACCAGUAACUAAUCAAAUUAAUAAUGCCCUCAAAAUUAUCUCACAAACUGAAGGAUAUGUUAAAAACACCAGUCGAUAUACUUCAGACAAUUAUUCUAAUCAUCUAUCAAAUUCAGAUGGAUUUUAUAGCCGUUAUAGUGCUCAGAAUUUUGACAAAUUAAAUCAAGCCACAUUGUUAAAUCAUAUCACUGUUUUAGAAAAUUGGUUAUUAAAAUUCGUGAAAAUUGUUGGCGAAGAAAACAAUCUUGUACGUGAACGAAUUACUGAAGUUGAGGGGAAAAUUAAAGCUAUCAUAGAAAGUCAUUUAAUCAAUCUACAAGAUAUUUACCCUAAGGUACAAAAUAUUCCACAUAUGAAAAAGCCUGAGAUUGCUAAUCCAGUCCUUCUACCUGGUGAAAUCGCUAUUCCAAUUGGUGGUUAUGAUUGUUUAUCAUGUCAGUUAUUGCCAGAUGGACGUUAUGAACGUAAUGAUUAUCAACUAUUGGACCCAUUCAAUAGUAAUAUUAUUAAUUCUAACAUCAAUAAUGGAGGUCAUGGUAACGACAGUAAUGACAAUAUCAAUAGUAAACAACACGAUUCACUUGGAAACUUGGAUGUAUGUGAUUUAGAUGUGGAUCUUAUGCUUAGACCAUUACUACCUGCUCAAGGAGCGUUAUUUAUUACCAAUUAUCGUAUAAUAUUCACAGGUGUACCAAAAGAUCCAUUUCAAUCUAAUAAAGUGAUCAAUCGAAGUUUCCCUAUAUCUGCAUUGAAUACUAUCAAAAAGCUUGGCUGUGUUCAAAUGGUUACUGCCUUUCAAUCAUCAUCAUCAGCCAAUCCUGGUUCAUUAACAACAAUAACAUCUGGUUUCCGUUCAGCAACAUUAUUUGUUGGUAAAAAGUCUAAAUCAAACACAGUGUUUGGUAAAAAUACUUCAUCAAGAUAUCUAUCGACAGCAUUACGUCCAACGUAUUCAGCUACUACAAAUCGUCAUGGUGUGGUUUAUCGUACUGAAAAUUUGGACGUUCUCUUACUACGUGCAUUAACUUUUCAAAUGCUUAAAAUUGGAUUUGAUGUUGGUGAAAUACAACCGGAAACGAGAGAUGAAUUACGUAGUCUGCUGGAAGAAUUGCGUUAUCCCUCAAUGAUGUGCAUGGGAUUUAACUCAGCCCCAUUAGGUUUGCUUUUCUCGCGAUCUACAAAUACAGUGGGUAAUCGUUCUGCAAUUACAGAUUUAAAUAAUAAUACUAGUAGUAAUACAAAAGACUAUAUUUUACCAAAUAUGGUUCGUAUGAGGCAUUUGAAAGGUAAAACCCAUAGAAGCAAUAUGUUAACAGAUGCAAAUUAUUCUUCAAUGACGAAUGGGGAUCGCAGGCGUACACAUAGUAACCAGCAAUUUGUUAACUCAGACAAUAAAACGCUGAUAUAUCAAUCGUCUUUGCGUUCUCCUAAGAACCAUCUCUAUAGUCAACUGAAUUGUAUGCUACCUGCUGCUUUUCAAAAUACUGUUUCGUUUGAAGAAGCAGCCGCUAAUUUAGCUGCUACGUUAAAAGCUUUUCUAGUGCCUCCGUGUGUAUCUGCAUCAUCGACAGCUUCUACAGCUGUUGACCCAAAUUUUAUAAGACUAUUAACACAAUCUGCAGGCUACUUGGACAUGGCACGUUUCGGAAGUAAUUUAAAUCCUGGAAGCACUACCGGUGCUACAGUAUUAGCUGCAACAACUUCAACAACACUGACAACACCGUCGAAUAAUCUUUCGGUUGGAUUGAAUGAAAGUGGCAGUGGUUCUUUGAAUCGUUCUUCUGUUGGAGCUGGAAGUAGUAGUGGUAGUCGAGGAUAUUGUGGUGCUCGUCUUGUUGCGUUCAAUGUUCAUCAUACUUUAGUGAAAUCUUAUCCAAGUUUUUUCAUCAUACCACAGGGUAUCACUCAGAAUUGUUUAGCAAAAGUAGCUCGUUCACAUAGACGUGGUCGUUUUCCAGUGGUCACAUGGCAACAUCCUGAAACUAAAGCUUAUCUAUUACGUGGGAGUGAAAUACAAUCAAAUGUAAUUUUGAAUACUUUCAAAAAUAUUAAAUCCUCAUCUAAAAUCAACACUGGAGAUUGUGACGAUAAUGCUGAUUCUACACUUUCUCAUGCGACAGUUUCUAAAGAACAUAUACGUUAUAUUCGUGCACUAAUCGAUAUGUCUUUAUCAGCUAUUAAUAGUAGUCGACCAAGUAGUGUUAUCACUUCAGAAACUGGUUAUUCAGCGACAGAUGAUUUGUCAAAUUCAUCUCAACUACCUACUGUCGCUUCCCCUAAAGUUCCAUCAACAGAUCAUUUAUCAAAAGAGUUCAAACCAGUUAUCAAUAAACCUAGUCCAGUUGUUUCACAUGUGACUAAUAAUAGAACAAAAUCUUUAGGAAGAAUUGGAAAAUUUGCUGCGCGUCGUAAUCGUUUAACACGUUCUGGUGUUUCACCUAUGGGUAGUGUAGCAUCUGGAUUAGAUGAAGAUUUACUUAGUAUGGAUAGUGCAUCACAAACUAAUCAACAUCAUGCGCGUCAGUCAUUACAUGAGUCAAAUUAUCCUGGUAUUGUUUCCAAUGCUGGUAGUAGUAGUGGUAUAUCCAAUUCACAAAAACCAAUAUGUUUAUACGUUUUAUGUGAAAAACAAAUGACAAAGAUGUCGAAAAUAUUUAAUUCAUCAUCUGUUCUUUUAUCACCAAUUGACUAUCCAACUACAGCAACAGUGACUAAAUCUUUUAAAGGAUUUUUUAAAGCUUGCCUUCCAAAUGAUUCGAAUCGAUCGAAAACAGCUACAAAACUUUUAUCUGCAGCAGCGUCUACAGCUACUAGUGUUUCAUUUGAUCAUGCUAAUACUACUACUAAUAUUGGUAAUAAUAGUCAUCAUCAUCGUGGAAUUAAUGCAACACUAGGCGGUCAUUUCAUACAUCAUCAAAAUGAACCUUAUUCAUUUCAUGAUAAUACUAGUAAUAGUAAUGUCAAUGCAGGUGAAACUAUAGAGACGGAAAAUAUUACAACAUCUACUAUACCAGAAGCAAAUAAUUCUAAAUAUAUGAAUGUUUUCACUGAAGCACAUGAGAAUGGUUGGUUUCUGCAGUUGAAAUCAUUAUUGGAAUUAGCUGGAACAGUGGUAGAUUUGUUAGAUUUACAAGGUGCUAGUGUAGCAUUGUGUUUAGAAAAUGGCAGUGAUGUUGUUGCACAGACUGUAUCAUUAGUACAAAUUAUGCUUGAUCCAUAUUAUCGUACAAUUUAUGGUUUUUGGAGUUUAAUUGAUAAAGAAUGGUUAAUAUUUGGGCAUACAUUUAAUUCUAAUUCCAAUCAAACAAUAUUAAAUAAAACCAAUCAUUUUUCACCAAUAUUUUUACAAUUUUUAGAUGCUGUACAUCAAUUAUUAAAACAAUUUCCAUUAUCAUUUGAAUUUAAUGAUUAUUAUAUACAAUUUAUUGCAUAUCAUUAUAUAUCAAAUCGUUUUCAUAAUUUUAAAUAUGAUACAGAAUUUGAAAGAUUUACUAUAUGGUUUCCGAAAUUAAUUGAAAGUUUAUUAAAUAAUUAUAAAUAUGGUACAAGUAUUAUAUCAAAUAUAGAUGAACAUUUAUUAGAAUUAUAUUAUUCACAUUCUAUAUGGCCAUUUAUACAACAACAACAUUAUGAAUGGCCUAUAUUUUUUAAUUUUCGUUAUUCACCUACAUUGAGUGAAAAGGUUCUUAGACCAGCAACAUAUUUAGCUUCAUUUGAUUUAUGGAAAUUUUAUUUAACUGAAGAUUUGGCUUGUGGUUCAAUCUAUGAUUUAGAUCAUUUCUCACCUAGUUAUCGUAAAAAUACUAAUCGUCCAUAUGAACCGGUUUUACGACAGGGAUUUAACAAUAGUCAUAUUGAGCAAACAUAUGCUGUUUUAGGAUUACGUGAAGGAGAAGAAGCUGUUGGUUGGCAAGAUGCAUGGGAACAAGCACAGUCUGAACUGCUUAACUUAUAUUCAUCACAUCCACAUAAACAUAUGACAAAACAUGAUAAAUCAAAUGUAAAUAUUCAGUCAACUUCGAAUAUUCCACGAUCUGUUGUAGAUACUUCUGCUUCUGCCACUACUACUACUACUACUAAUACUAUAAGUAGUAGUAAUACUGAUAGCAAAAUAAACACUCAUGUUAAAAUAGUUCAUCAUUCCAAUCAAUUACCAUCACGUUGUACACCAUAUAGAGAAAGCAGUGAACCAAUUGAAAGUUUAUCACAUCAUAAAUUAGUCACAUCUGAUUAUUCAAUGUCUAGACGACGUGCAGUAUCUAGUGGUUUAUUAGAUACUAAUCAAACGAAUAGUGUAUUGGUAUCAUCAUUGACCACUACAUCUUCAUCAACAACUUAUCCACUAACUAAUGAAUUAACUCAAACAUUAACACCACAAGGAGAAAGUAGUGCUAGUAUUGAUUUGGAUAGUACAUUUACAAAUUGCCCCGAAGUGAUUACUACCAGUUCAAUCCCAGUUCAAUCUGAACAACAUUCAAAUGAAACAACCCAAUCACAUAUCAUUAUUAUAAAAGAUUCUACCAUGAAUGCUGAAAGUCAACUGAGUACUGACAUGAAUCCACCAUCUACAAAUAGUACAACUAUAACAGUACGAACAAUAAAAGAUUGUAAUCAUUCGAAAUCUAGAGAAAUAUUAAAAUCCAAUGAUGAUCGAACAAUAAAUGGAAUUGAAACAAAACAUCCGCGUACCACUAACAAUACUACUGAUAGUAAUCUCAACGUUUUAAAAACAAAUUAUAAUGGUAAUAACAUACCGAAAUCUGAACAAACUUCAGAAGAUGAAGCAUUUCAUGAAGAUAAUGAUUAUAUUUAUGGUGAUCGAUAUGAUUCAGUUGGUGAAUCCUCACUAGAUGAUUAUCAUUUUACACGUCAUGCUAUACUAGAAUAUCACCGAACAACUACUUUGAAGCGUUUAACUCGUCGUACUGCAUGUAGAAUCGGUAUCGGUGGUAAUAUUGGUGUUGAGAGUAAUGUAGGGUUGUCAUCAAAUGGUCAAAAUUACCAUCAAUUGAUGCCUGAUUACUCAUCAUUGGAUACUGAUUUAAGUACUGGAUAUCGAGAUCUGGCGAUUGAAUAUGAAUCAGAUAGUGUAAAUAGCCUUACUGGUACUGGGGGUGGUCUUGGCAGUACCAUGUUACAUGAUACAAUUAGAAUUGAUGGAUUCGAUAUCAACGCCCCUGUACAAGAUGAACUUCAACAUCAUCUGCAUAAAUUUACUUCAUCUCGAAUAACUAAUAAUACAAAUGUACAAUGUGAAUUAUGCCAGAACAUUUGUCAAUCAUCAGAUGAUAUUGUUAAAUGUAUUGAAUGUGAUCUAUUAUGUCAUACAAAAUGUUCAUCAUCUAUAAAUUCAAAAUGUUUUCAUUCAUCUGUAACAAAUACUUUGAAUCAAAUCAAUAAAACAGGGAAUUUACUGAAAAGACAUGGUUCUGCAUAUUUUCCAAAUGAAAUAGACAAUGGAAAAUUAAAACAAUCUAAUGAUAUAGAAAAAUCUUCUUUAACUUUUGGUGUAGCUGGUGUUGGUGGUAGUUUAUUUAAUUCAACUUUACCAUGGCGUACUGAACGAGAUCAAGCAUUUAGAUCUUCUUUAGUUUUAAUACAUGACAAACGUGGAAAACGUAAACUAAGUGAAAGUUCUUCAUCUUUAGCACAUACUAACACAUCUGACUGUCAAUCACAAAGUGGUCAUAGUCUACCCGGUGGUGGUACUACUACUACUGUUGAACAUCAUCUACCGGAACAUUUAGCUUCAGCAUCAUAUUAUGGUUAUUUAUAUAAAUUAGGUCAUCGUAAAUUUUUACAACAAUGGAAACAACGUUUAUUUGCUUUAGAUACAAAUCGGCAUCAAUUGAAAUAUUAUGAAAGUUAUGCUAAUGCUUCACCUCGUGGUUGUAUUGAUUUACAAGAUGUUAGAACAGUGAGAAUUAUUAAAAAUUUUGCAAUUCAACGAAAAUCACCUGCAUUUGUUGUAUUUGAACUUGAGACCAAUAAUCGAACAUACAAACUCGGUGCUAUCAAUCAAGAAAGUGCUAUGCAAUGGAUUGAACGUAUACAAAAAACUAUUCAAUAAAAGAAAACUUUUCUAAUUAUGAUUUAAAUUGUAGGUAAUGCAAAUUGUUUCAUAUAAGCCAAACAAGCUUACCAAUGGAUAUAUAUAUAUAACCGUAUAGUUAUCAUCAGUAAUAUUGCUACUGUUACGGGAAAAAAUUCUGUUAUCUUAAAUGUUUUUCGGUUGUUAUUUGUUUCUUGACGAAACUGUACAGAUCCUAUAAUCAUUAUUCAUGUUCUACAAUUUGACUUGAAUCCUUACUUCUUAUACUGUGAUCAAACAAAAAGAAGUACACAAUGAACAAGAUUUGUAUACUUUAUAUUCAACCAUAUUUAUACACUGAUAUACUAUACAUUCUUAAUCAUCUUCUACCCCCAGACAUGUCCAACUAUUUAGGCUUCUAUUCUAUUUAAUGUUUUACAAAAUAAAAGUGAAAAUGAUGCGCCCGAUACCUUUUACAGAAAUUUAAUCAAACUACUACUAAUACUACUACCACACACACACACACACUUUUCCUGCUAUUACCACUUCUCAUUCUUCUUCUUCUAUACAAACCAUUUAAUUUUGUUCUCAUAUAAUUUUACAAUAACUCAUGCAUUUUUGUUGUUGUGGCUUAUUUAUCAUUUAAAUUUUUUAUUCAAUUCGAAGCAAAGAAUGAAGAUUUUCUUUUCGCUCCUAUAAAUCUUUGUAUAAUAUAUGCAAUCAAUAUUUAUACAUAUAUAUAUGUAUGUCACUUUGUUCUAUCUACUGUUCUACUCAUGAGUAGUACAGCAUCAAUAUUGUCAUCAUUAUUCAUAAUCUUAUGUAAUUAAUUAUCAUGUAUUUAUUUUGCAAACACUCAUUGUUCAUGUGUACCGUAUUGUGUUGAUGUGAUAUUUGUUGUUAAUGUUUAUUCAUCAUUGUAAAAUGUGUUCUUUUCUUCUUCUUCAAUAAUAAUAAACUUGAUCGAUUACUACUCACCAUGACCAAUUCAUGCUUAUUGUUAACAUCAAUGUUUCCCCUGUUUUGUCUCCGUUGAUAAACCUGGAUUUCUGAGUAUAAUAAUGAUCGUUAUUAUUAUUAUUAUU